ACAAAACCCUUCCAAGAACAAGAACACACAAUCGAAUCCAAGGCCGGCGCACGACUGAGCUUCGCUAAUCGCCAAUGCAAUCACCUGUUUCUGUUCAUCGCCUACUCAGACUGCCCAACCUUUCUACUUCUUUGCGUUUCAAUUUUCGGGCUUUCUCCUCUUCUUCAUCUUCAUCUCCACCUUCUUCUUCUGACUCUAACCAGUCUCGCGGAGGCCUUCCUCGCUUCUUCUCCGAGACCUUACCCCCUUCCAAGGGUGGUGUUGUGCGGGUGGAAGGGGAUGAAUUCUGGCACAUGACCAAGGUUCUAAGGCUUGGGCUUAAUGAUAGGGUGGAGCUAUUUAAUGGCAAGGGAGGCUUGGUCAGAGGAUGCAUAGAGAAGAUUGAUCGUUCAGGGGCAGAUUUUGAAGCCCUGGAGAACCCAAGAUUAAUAUCUACACAAACCACGCAGUGGCAUGUAUUUGCUGCUUUUGGCACACUAAAAGGAGGCCGGGCUGAUUGGCUAGUGGAGAAGUGCACUGAGCUUGGAGCAUCCAGUGUGACUCCUUUACUGACAGAGCAUUCUCAGUUUAUAUCAGAGAAUCGGAUUGAGAGGCUGCAACGGGUCAUCCUAGCUGCCGCAAAACAAUGUCAGCGAUUGCAUCAAAUGGUUUUAAAGCCUCCCCUUAAGCUGGUUGAUCUCCUACCUGUUGUUGGUGAGUCAAGUUUAUCCUUUGUGGCUACUGCAGAGGCCCCUCCUGUUUUUAAUGCGUUGAGCUCCUUAAAAAGGCAAUCUUCUGGGAUCAUUAUAAUUGGGCCUGAAGGAGACUUGAGCAAAGAUGAGGUGAAUUGGGUGAUGGAGGCAGGUGCAAUUGGUGUCGGUCUUGGCCCUCUUCGGCUUCGUGUCGAAACUGCUACUGUCGCUCUCCUUUCCACUCUUAUGUUGUGGUCGGACUCGGACUCGGACUCCUACAACUACACUAACACUGCUGAUCUUGGAAAUGAAGAAGAAGAAGAAGAAGAAACUAUCAUCUGAUGGAUGACAUUUUAACAUGCAUGUUGUCAACUCUCUCUGUCUUUCUCUCACUCUACAUUCAUUGUUCAUAUAUAAACAUACUCUCUCAACUUUGUGGAAUUUUGUAAGUAAAAGAUAUCUCUUUCUAUCUUUUGUAAGUUUGUCCAUCUUAAAUAUAUUCAAUAAUCGAGUUAAAUCUGUAACAUUUUACACUU